AUGCGAUCAGCCACUCUCUCACUACUCUCUUUACUAGCAGGAGGGGCCCUCUCCUGCGACAAUUGCGCUGGACCCACCACGAGCGUCCAGUCCCAGACCCAAAUCCAGUUCUCCCUCUCUGUGACCAUCAACAAUAUCGUGCAGGUCAUCGCUACCGAUGGUUCCUCUGGCAAAUGUGUUGCUCCAACGAAGGGCAAGCCAGACGUGCACGGCGUCUAUGUGAAGCCAGUCACCGACAGGUCCAAGAAUCAGAUCUGUAGGCACCAGCUGCCUACUGACAAGCCUGGCCAGAAGACUGGUAUCUGCAAGGUUCCUUAUGUCAAGUCCAAGACUGAGGAGACCAAAGGCAAGGGCGAUGGCAACAAGGACGGUGAAGAGGACGGCAGCAAGGAUGAUGGCAACACCGAAGAAAACGACGACAACGAUGAUGGCACCAAGAAGGAGGGACACGGCACAUCGGGUGGCAUCAAUGGUGACGAUGGUGAUAAGACGGAUACACCCGCCUCUACUGGCACUGUCGGUACUAGCACUGAAGGAUCGCCAGCCGAGUCUACCUCUUCAGCUGUCCCCACUGGCUCUGUGCUUACUCCUACCAAGACCCCUCCUGCCUCGAACCCAGAGGUCAGCAACACUCCUGGUGUCACAGGCGGCUCCGUUACUGGCAAAACUUGUGUUGUUGUCUCUCAGGGCAGUGGCGCAAUCUGGUCUACGGGUUCCACAGUGGUUGUUGUGGUCAAGGGUGGUGGUGCGCUCAUUAUCAUUGAAUCAAGCCAGGUCGACCUCAACAUUCACAUUGUCGUUGGCUUUUCUAUCCAAACGAAUGUCGUUACCCUGUCAGGCUACAAAUUCUACUAUUGCUCGACUGAGACGGAUGAUAUGGAGAUUCACGCCUACCCGGGUCAAGCCCCUACAAAUUGCCAGGCUACAACUAUCACAACUGUCACUCAGCCUCCCAAGCUCUCAGCUGCUGUGCCUGCCUUGGCUCCUCCAGCCGUCGUCGCUGCCAUCACUGGCAACAGCUCCACCACGACGACCAUCACAGCUGAGUCUCACCAGACCACCACUUUCUCCUACUCCUCAACCACAACGACGACGACCACUACUUCUACCAGCUGGUCUUCUGCAGGUGGCGUCACCCUUGCCAAUGGCGACGGAAGUGUUGCAACUGGCCCUGAUGACGUUGAGAACCCCGGUGAGACUGGCCUUCCAAGUGUCGACCCGACAAUUUCUGGACUGGCUCCCCCUCAGCCUUCUGGUCAUGCUAGAUUGCCAGGCUCUUCGUCUGCCUCGACCAUCACUCCAUUGGCAUGGACAUUGCUACUUCUGCCCAUGGCUAUCCUUGCCACAUUUUAG